AUUCUCAUAUUCACGAAAGCAUUCCAUUCCAAAUUAGAGAAUCAUAAUUUCAAAAACGUUGAAUCAUUUUCUUUCUCGUUCAGAGCUCUAGAUUAGUCAAUAAUGGAGAUUGAAUCGGUGACGUGCGAGUGUUGCGGCUUAAUGGAAGAUUGUACACAACACUACAUUAGUAAAGUCAAAGCUAACUUCGCCGGGAAAUGGCUUUGUGGGCUUUGCUCCGAGGCGGUAAGCGACGAAUUCAGCCGUAGUUCGAAGACGGUGGAGGAAGCUGUUAAUGCACACAUGUCGUUUUGUGGCAAGUUUAACGCUAACCCCGCAGAACUCGUCGCCGACGGCAUGAGACAGAUGCUACGAAGGAGGUCCGGUGAGUUAUCACCGAAGAUGUCCAAGAAGUUCGGAAGAUCUAACACCACAUAAUUCAUGUAGUCAUCUUUUUCUCACUUUUGCCUUAAAGUUUUGGCUAAUGUAAAGUAUAAUAAAAGUUACAAAAUUAAUACUUUGAGCAAAAUUAAUAUUUAUUUGUUACU